GUUCAGAGGACAGGGUGAAAUUCUCUCUCUGCUCUGUGGCUUUCUGCUCAGCACAGACUGAAGAUGAACGGUGGCAUGUGUGUGUGUGUGCUGCUGGCUGCUCUCUCCAGCAGCGGUUGCCUGGGGCUCCCAGCCCACCCCCCACAGGAGGACGAAGGGCACGCCCGUGCUGCCGGGGCCGGGGCCAUCUCCAUCUCCCGGGCAGAGGCUCCCUCCUCCUCCUCCUCCUCCUCCUCAGCAGCAGCAGCAGCAGCAGGCGCUGUCCACAGGCGUCACGCCCGCUCAGCCCCCUCCUCCAGUGGAGGUGCCCUCCUGCCUUUCACCAAAGCCUCCAUGGAGGACGAGGAGCAACAGGACCCCCGCACCAGCCUCAACCAGCUCAUCGCCACACUACUCGCCAGGAAAGGUGCUGCGCGCAGAAACUCUGUGCUGACUAGCAGAGCCAGCGGGCCCGCAGCGAGCCACCGGAUAAAGGACCGCGACUACACGGGCUGGAUGGACUUUGGCCGGCGGAGCGCGGAGGAGUAUGAGUACUCCUCGUAAAAGAAACACCCACCGGCCCGGCGACAACCAACCCCCAUCAUCCACAACUAACCGACUUGUACAGGAGCAGAGAAUCGUCACAUUUUGGUGUCUCGGAAAUCAUUGUGUGAAAACUCUAUUUGCGAUACAUUCGAUGUAAAUUUGUUUGUACAAUGAAUAUGAUGCAAUAUAAAUAUGAGUGGACAUACAGACUUUUGCAUAAAAACGUCGUGAGAAUGUUUAUUAUUUUUCACGUGUGUUUCAUGCUUUGCGUCCGACAUAUACCUUGUGCA